AUGACCAAUACAGAUAUAUUGGAGAGAGACAUCGGAUCGCUGAACACAGCUGGCUUGGAGAAAUUGAUUGAUGACAUCUGCGGGAUCAUUCAUAAAGCGUGUGAAGAAUCUAUGCCGACAAAGAAAGGCCGAUCCCUGACGAAGCAUCGCCCGUUAUGGUGGACGGAAAAACUGACAGACCUCAAAAAAGAAGUCAUCCAGUUACACCACAGACUAAACCGAAUGAGACGUCGGAAUCUGCCUCUAGACCAACUAGCAGAGGAAUUAAAUAAUAAAAAGGCAAUAUAUGCGGAGGAACUGAGGGCGGAGUCUUCCAGGAGUUUUAGAGAGUUCUGCGAACUACAAACAAAAGAAAACGUUUAG